AUGACGGUGUUUAUCUACCAAACAUUGGCCGCUUAUCCGUAUAUAAUUUUAUUAUUUGGGAAAUGGAUCAAUACAUGGAUUGAACCGUUGUUUUUAGAAGUUAGAAUCAUUUUAUUUGGUUCCAUUAGUCAUACCAGCGAUGAGUCACCAUUGAACAGUUUAGGCAAAGGCUCUUUGCAAAACGAAAGGUCAUCAAGUACUGAUACAUGUUCCCAAAGUUGUGGAGAUGUUGAGAACAGAGUCGAGGAGACCGCUCUAAAAGCUUGUAGAUCAGAGCUGUCAUCUGAAGACUCCAGUGAUCUAGAAGUAGAUGGAGGUAGACGUGUUGAUGACGUUGACACAAGCCAUUGCAGGGCUGAAACCAAUUCAUCCGCAUUAGCAUAUGGCACACAUGUUGAUCUACCGACUCCAAGUCUGUUUGUUUCAAUGUUCAGUGAUGUGGAUAUGAAUGGAGCUUCAUCCAUUGAGCAAGAUUAUGUCGGAGAACUACCUCUGCCAAACCUUCCGUACUAUGGGAUGGAUCCCAGCCGAACAUGCUGUACUAACGGAUAGGCGCAUCAUCUUUGUAUCCAUCCAAACCUACCAGUGUCAAAUGGAUAUCACAUCAUGACCUAAUUACAUUCAUGAACAAGAGCAUUCAUUAUUGCACUAAAAGAUGUUCUUAUUGUUAAUUUGGUAUUUCAAUAAUUUAUUUAUGCUGUAGUUAUUAUGUAUUUAUAAACAUUUGAUCCCAGUACGUUAGAAUAGCUAACAUGUUUUCCAACCGGUGUUCAUUAUCACGAUAUUCAUCGUGAUUAUAGUUAUCGAUGUAUUGCACAUUUAAUGGAGAAUAAGGUUGAUUAUCUAUUUUUGUCAACGAACAUAGAAAUACUUAAUUUAUUUUAUAACAAAUGUUUACUUAUGUAAGUUUUUUGAGGUUGUGAAUGAUGUGUUCAAGUAUUUCUUGCCAUAAAAGUAUGAUAACAUAUCCCUAGAACUAUAUUUUAACUGGGAAUAUGAAAACAAAACAUGUUUGCUUUACUUGUAUAGGAUGUUUAAGGAUCAUUUGUGUAUUUAUUAGGACAAGUCAAUUCAAGAAACACAAGUCAUGAACAAAUUGUUUUGCGUCUCUUAACAACCUCCUGUCUUUUAUUUAUGGCAAGUGACCGAUUGCUUUCUCAAAACAGAUCAUUAAAUUUAGCAACUGUUUACUAAAGCUGGGGUCAUCGCAUUGGUACAUUUAGUCAUGUUUUAAAAUCUCAAUUGCAAUAUAUUUGUGUUCAUUUUUCCCACUUUACAUAAAUUGCAUUUAUCUGGUUGAAUAUAUACAUUGACAAAAUGCAUAAUAUGUUUAGAUAGAUGUUCAGUGUGUGUUUUGUGUUUUGUAGAAAGGAAAAGGGAGACAAUUAAAUUGAAUUAUGAAAUAUUUACAUAUGGAGAACUUGGUUUACGCGUUUUAAAAUAUAGCUCGUCAAUAUAUAUUUUUGAAGGGAAAUCAUCCUUAUCAAUCAGCUUGAUUAUGAUACUGUCAUGUUAGUGAAUAUAAUUUAUUGUAGAUAUAAUUAUUCUAAAUUAUAUAUGCGGCCAUAAAUUCUGUUAACAUUUUAUGUUUACACGGGCAUAUAAUUAAUGUUUAAAUGAAAUGUUAGUGUGUAGAACUGUGUUUUAAAAAAUGUUGAAAUUGUAGACAAUAAAACUACACAGAACACAAUUAAUGUUUUAAAAUGUAUGUCAAUAAAACUUAAAGAGUACAA